AUGAAAUCCUCAAUUUUAUUAUGCUUAGAAUCUUGUGACAUGCCAGUAUUUGAGAAUGCUAGAACCAAAAGUAAUGCCACCUGGUUUAAACUCAAUGACAAGUUUGACUGCAAAUGAUUAAAACAUGCCAAAGGAUCCAUAGUACAUAAGGCCAAUGGAUGGUGUUAUAUGCCCAUAUGUUAUGAGAGGGAAUGCACAAUUCCUGAAAUAGAAAAAUUCUUAAUUGCUGAUCCCAAGAAAGAAAAAUAUAAAGUCAGAGAAUUGUUGAAAUUUUACUGCCAAUCAGGACUUACAAGAGUUGGACCAGAUUCAGUGCAAUGCUACUAUUUUGGUUGGUCCCCUAAUAUUCCAGUAUGUAAAGAAGAUGUACAUUCCUAUGGUCCACCUCCUCUACUCCUUAAUGGAAAAGUUCAGGACAAAAUGGAAGAAGAAUAUGGACACAAUGAGGUGGUAGGAUAUAAUUGCAAUCCCAGAUUUCUGAUGAAGGGACCUAAUAAAAUUCAAUGUGUUGAUGGAAAGUGGACUACCUUGCCAAUAUGUACUGAGGAGGAGAGAACAUGUGGAGCUAUACCGGAACUUGACCAUGGCUCUGCCCAGCAUUCUGCCCCUCCAUAUUACCAUGGGGAUUCAGUGGAGUUCGAGUGUACAGAAAAAUUCACAAUGAUUGGAGGCAGAUCAAUUACAUGUAUUAGUGGAAUACACUCCUGCCCACCUCCACCUCAGAUUCCCAGUGCUGAAGACAUGACAACUACAGUGAAAUAUCAAGAUGGAGAAAAAGUAUCUGCUCUUUGCAAAGAAAAUUAUCUGAUUCAGGGAGCAGAAGAAAUUGUGUGCAAAAAUGGAAGAUGGCUGUGAAUACCAUGCUGUGUUGCAAAACUUCCAUGUUCUCAACCACCUGGAUUAGACCAUGGAACCAUUAGUCCAUCUAGAUUUUCAGAAGAAUGGAAAGAAAUAAAUGAAUCCAGAUAUUAUGCACAUGGCACUAAUUUGAAUUAUAUUUGUGAAGAUGGUUUUACAACCUCUGAGGUUGAUGGGAUAACAUGCCACAUGGGCAAAUGGAGUUCUCCACCUCAGUGUGUAUAUUCCACAGGAAAAUGUGGUUCUCCUCCACCUGUUGAAAAUGGAGACCUCACUUCAUUCCCGACAUCAGUAUAUUCUCCAGGAUCAUCGGUUGGAUAUCAGUGCCAGUCUUUGUAUCAACUUCAGGGUAGCAAGACAAUAGUGUGUAGAGCUGGAGAGUGGUCAGAACCACCCAAAUGUUUAUGGCACCCUGGCGGCCCCGCCCUCGCUGGACACUGGCUUGGAUGCCCACGAGGGUCCGCAUGCUGCAGUGGAAUGUUGGAUGGGCCCGCGACCAACUGCCCACCACUCAAAGGCACUGAACAGGCUGAAGAGGAAUUCAAACUACCUUCAGCCUGGACGCGGGCAGCCCUUGUCCGAAAUUCCCAGCUCAGAUGCUGGGCCGGGUGUCAGGCGUCCAAUGUCUGCCCUACGUCCCUGGUGACCAUUCUGUUUGCGGUAAAGCAGUGUACCCCUCAUCUCCAUGCCUUUGGGGCCCUUGAGGGACACAUUGCUGGGGCCCAUGGCCAUGAUGCAGUCAAAGGUGGCUGGAGAUGUCAGAAUCCCCACACUGAGCUCCAGGGCACCCUGGCGGCCCCGCUUUUGCUAGAACCUGCCUUGCCUGCCCACGUGCUCAGAGGGUCUGUGAGCUGCAGUGGAAUGUUCUAUGGGCCUGAGAUCAACUGCUCAGCACCCGAAGGCACUGACCAGGCUGAAGAUGAGCUUCAAGCUCCCUUUGACCUGGACGUGUGCAGCAGUGUAGCCCGCAUCUUCUGCCUUUGGUGUGAAAUCAGAAGAAAAGAGUUCCAGUGUCCCACAAACUUCCACCAGGAUGUCUACGAAAAUCCUAUGAAGACAGGCAGUACAUAG